UUUAUUGAUAACUUAACUUAACCGAACUCUCGAUGGCAACUCGAGCAUGAAAUGUGUUCUCCGUAUUCUCAACUAAUAUCGACAGGUUUUUUACCUCUCUUCAAAUGUAAGUCAAUGUGUUACCAUGGUUACUUAAAAACAAAGCAGGAAAACACGGAACUGAACUGUCCAAAGUAGUUGGGUGUUAGGUUUCUCAGGGGACGCCGUUAAAUAUUUGUGUUGACCACUUGCUUUGCUUCGUUUGGAACUAAUCAGUCCCUGGAAAGAUGUUUCCUGAGCACAUAACUGUAUUCAUAUUUGUGGGUUUAUCCUUCGCACAAGGUAUGUAAACUUCAACGCAUUUCUCCCCACUAGAUGUGGUUGAAAGAGGGUAUGUUGAAAUAACGCUGGAGGUUGGAUGUUGCAUUUGUGACACUCGUCGUGGACUUAUUGUAUGAAUCAUGACGUUUACGCCAUGUAAAAGAAAACUGUUUUCCUUGAAUAACUCUUCCAUUUAAUGCAAAGCAACUGAGAAAUAUUUAAGUGCUAAGAUUGGCAUAUUAGGAGGAUUCUUUAGGACCAUGUUGAUGCAAACGGCAAACAACAAAAUGUCAAGUUUCCUCCGCUCUGCCUUUCGAACAGAAAAGUUAAAAAUCUGAAUACGUUUAUCGUCGGUUUCUGUUGCAGGCAUCCUAAUUUCGAUCUCAGAAGUCAAUUUCCCGUUUUUGUUUUUGGAGAACGUGGGUCUAAUUUAUUUCAACCUAUAAUAGCUUUGAAGAGGUCAUAGCGACCGAUAAGCUAAAUUAGUUACAUCUUUUGGUCAUACCUAUCUCACUGAUAACGAUUACUUAUCAUUCUAAAUGGCGCGCCGUUUCAAGCUUCGGUUGUCCUCAAUUUCUUUUGUUACCAAAUGUCCUCGAUGAAAACUGGUUGAUUAGGGCCGGGUCGCAUUACAGACGAUUUAGUUGAAACUUGUUUACUCUAGGGACUGAAUCUGUCAACACACCUUUUUUUCUGAUAAGACCCCUCAUUUGUGAAUUUUCAAAAAUUUCAAAAUCGUGAAAAAAAAACAUCAAAGACGCCUGUGUGCUUCGGUUGGGCAGACCAAUUUUUCCAAAUCUCGAAAAAUCAAAGGAGCCCGCCGCCAAAGCUGUCAACAGUUGAAAAGAGUGACUCCUAAUAUAGACGACAAGGUCUCGAAAGUGAAAAAGAGAGCGAAAUUUCAUCAUUUACACUGACGUUUUCAUUGCGUGCGGUUCGAAGCUACAGCAUGGACGGGCGAGAUUUUCCCUUUCCUUACUACGGCCAUCAAAUGCCAAGAAGUGAGAAGUAUCUCUUUCUUCAGGACCUGGGCAACACCGGCACCCUCAAUUUGGCCUGAUGUGAGCGCCGAACAAAGAAGAGUCAUUGUUACCCUGUCGUGACUGAAUAAAAUUUCACCGCUUAAAUUUCCCCUGUGCGAUUGACGCUUGCAUUUUCACUCGUUGAAAUGCGACUAUAUAAGCUCAAUCUUAUUUUUAUUUCCGGUGUGAUGCAGUUUGAUUUUCCAGCCCGAUUUUUUCAAGCCAAAACGAAAAUUGGUCCGUAAUGCGACCCGGCCCUAAGCUCAAUUUUAUUUUCAUUUCCGGUUUGAUGCAAUUCAUUAAAUUGAGCCAGUUUCCUUUGGCAUUUAAGAUUUAUUAGAAAAAGAGUUGUUGUGAACUCGUUUUGCGUUUGACCGUCUCGAGUCUGAAGGGGCACAAGGAGUCUUUUACUUUAGUCUCUUCGCCCUGACUUUUUUUCAUAGUCAAUUCUAGUUGCCUUGAACACGGUUCUUUCAAACAUAUUUUCUGACACUCAUUACAGUGCACCGUAACCCUUGUGAUGAUUCACGUGAUUAAAACAGUCAAUGUUUUAUCCGCUUAAGACUCAUUGUCUACUUCCCGUGUCGACCACAAGACUCGACCAGACGAGAUACGAGAGACUCUUGAAAAAUUCAGCAAGGGAUGUGUGGUUCGCUUCAUAAAAUCUAAGGUCUACCGCAGACUCAAUCUCACAUAAUUUUCCAUACUCUCUGCCAAACGUGGAUAACAUCAACAUUGUACGUGUGACUUCUGUUAACAAUAUAUGCCAAGAGAUCAUGAUCAAUUUCAGGCAAACAAUUUCAGGCCACUUUCUAUUAAGAUGGUAGAAAACUUGCCAGAUUUUAAUCAGCAUCGAUAAGCUAAAACGUUAUCGUAGGUGAAAGGAUCAUUAAAAGUCUCCCAUGGCUCAUCCCAUACCAAAGAUUUUAGGUUAAGUAUGGAGUCCCCACCGGUUCCUGCUAUAAAUUCACGCCACAUGUAUUCGGCGACAUGUCACUCACGUUGUGACCUAAGAGUUAAAGAGUUGCUAUGUAAUGAAAAAAAUGAAUGUUUAUGAAAGAGUUAGGUUAUAUCUAUUUACUUGACUCAAUGACACAUACACACACACACAUAUAUAGAUUUAUUUAUAUUUACUUGACAUAUGCGUUUGGUUUUGUUGAACGGUUGGCAAUACAUCACACGGUAUUAAACGUAUUGUCAUGAGGCAGGCGCGUGUGUAGCGACUGGCGUGACACCUUAAAACAUUCCUGUACCCUUUUUCAGGAAAAAUUGAAAAAAUAGUAAAAGGAGAGAUAGUAGCAGAGCUAAGAAAAUUCGCAGUAUGUUUAACGUGAAAUGAUCCAAAGAGGAAUGGGACACGCUUGAGAAAAGUUGUGAUACAUGAUUGUGGAAUGAGAAAAACGACCUGCCAAAGCAACACUGUUUUGUCACGUUACCCAAAAGAAGGUCCUGCGUUUAAAAUCAGUCACUAUGGCAUGUUCUUCAUAUCUAACAGUUUCUGAAAUUACUUUUUACUCGUAGCGCAACCUGCGUGUCUUUCGAGAUAAGAAUGUAAAUAUGUAUAAACUGCUUGUAUUCUUUUAAUAUGGAAUAUCCUCUCCAAAAUGAAAAGACAAAAAUGCACAAUUUGUUUUCUUAAGUUAAUUAGUCUUAUCAAGAAUACGUUGCAGGAUUAAAUUAGUUUAAGUCUUAUUUUUGUGCUCACUGUUAUCUCACUGUUCUCAUAUAUACUGAAACAGUGUUGGUAACCAGCAGUGGAUAUUUACCGAGAUGCGAAGUGGCAAGGUAAAUAUCCACUAAUAGCCACCUCAACUUCGGUGAAUAGUUGUUAAAUAUCUGUUAGAUACUGAGGCGUUAACUCAAUUCGCUAGUGUCGCAGACCACAGCGUUAAAUAUGUCAACCCCAGCGCGGUUCAAGCCCACCUCACCAACUCCACAAAGAGAUUGUCGUGUAGACGAAGAGCCAACUGCAGACUCAUGUAAGUGAACUUAGCUCUAUAAACGCAUUUUUCCUUCACGCUUUCCAAGGUUUACUUAUAUUACUUCAAUCUAAGUGUUACAGGAGUUUUUGGAUACCUUUUCUUUAUCCUUCAAAGAUACUUCCUCACUGUUUUAGUUGUCCUAUCAAAUAACCAUUGACAAAACCAAAAAUCUUUGAGCGUUGACGCAAGUUAAAGAAAAUGAAUAAUAUCUUUCAGUGGGUGCCGGCGUUAGUUGAAAAAUUAUUUCUUUUUUAGCACAAUUACGACUAAAUUCUCAGAAGAGGAACAGAAGAGGGACAAACAAAAAAGAAAACGAAAACAGAAAUUAAAGAGGAUGACCAUCUCAUUACUAUUCUCACUUUGUCGGGCAUUGUGGCGCAUUUUGCAGGCUAAAUAUCCACUAAUAGCUGUUUCGGCGUGCGAAAUUGUCUUUUUAUGGAUUUUGAUGUAUGCAUCUGCUUUAUUUCACUAAAACGUUUUGAUUUGCUAUCCGCACUACGAACUUUCUACUUACGCGAUCAACAAGUGGUUUUUGUCGCGACAAUCUUCACUAUCGAUCGGUAGGUGACUGUAGGACUGAAAACACCAGUCAAGUUUGGAGAUCCUUGUGGACCUAAUCAGUCUUUCUUGAUUUUUUCAAUGAAAGAGUCGUCGGGUUUCGCUGUCCACCCGCAUUUCGUUUUGUUCACCUUGCCUGCACUUAGUAGCGUCUGGGUUUAAGAACAUAUAACAUGGCGUACAUUUCUUGUUUGUGACUUGAUAAUGCUUUUGUUUUAUUUCAGCAUGCGGCAGGUAUACUAUUCAGCUACACGAAGAUCGUUGGAACGCUAGCUUGAAUGAUAGCUCCUCAAAAAUUUAUCGGGACUUGAAAAAAAAUCUCACAGAUAUCGUAAGUGUUUACCGUUUUGUUGAAUAGUUGGUGUAUAACCUCAGGCUUAAAACAAUGAUGGGAAAAAGACAAUAAAUACCUCUUACUAACCGAGAUCGAGGUUUGUACCUUGAGUCACGACUGAACGAGCUUUUUUCCUGCUCGGAAAACGGAAGCGAAACUUGUAGAAAGCGCAAGAGUCUAGUCGAUACGGUCAAACAUCCCGAUUUAAAUGUUCGGUCUUUGUUAAAAAUAUUUUCUAGUGAAAAGCAAACGUUGAUAGUGAUUAGCAUUUACUUUAUUUUCUCGCUACAGUUAUGUGAUAAAUUGAAGAUUUACAGCCCUAUGGUGAUGUUUUCAGAAGUGACUUUCAAAAAGGCGGCUGGAGAUUGGCCGAUUGCAAAAGUCAAAGUAUGCCUGGUUUUAAUUGAUAUGGAAGCAUUACUACACAGUUACACAAAAAACUACACCUAUGAAGCAGUCGGUUAGUAUCAUUAAUUUAUUAAGAGUCGUACUCUGAUUGAUUAUUGGUUGAAUAAUACCUCACAGGGAAUGAAAUUAUUCUUAAAAAGUACAAAUUGUAGAACUCGUCGUGCACUUCGCGAUUUUGUGAUGAUUAAUGAGGAACGAGGUAUCUCUGAUUAUUACCGUACAGGUAUACCAAAAUAAUGUUAUCUUCAAGCUCUGUGGAUAAUGUCAACAUAUCCCUAUUUACUUUACUUAUUUGAUCUAUAUUUGAUAGUUAUUGGCCUCAGGCUCAGUGAAUAUUGUUAAAUAACCCCAGAGACGAAGUCGAAUCUGAGGCGAAUAGUUGUUUUAGUAUAAAUGCGAAUAACUGUUUUGGUAUAAUUGCUCGGGUGCUUUCGAAUUCUGUUGUAAAUUCGUUUUGUUUUUGAAACCAUUUUUUUAAAAUUGUUUUGAGUUCUUGUAUCGAGAUCAGCAGCCAAUUUCCACCAGAAUUUAACAAGUUCAUUCAAUCCAAUCAGCAAAUACUUCAUGGCAAGAACGCUUUCUUUUGAAAAGUGUUAGCCUAAACUUAUUAUCAUCUUUUGUACUCGUCAGAGUUACAUUUUUUCGUGCUCUCCAAACUUCCCGCGUGCAUCCAUAAUUCGAUACACGCACUCUAAGCAUGAAAAAAUUCUUAAAUAGCGAGAAAGAUGGCAAUUCUCGACCAAUCAGAGCGCGUGCAUCUCUAUAAUCAUUUGAGCAAGUAUACUAAAAAAAUUUUAUUUUAUAUUUUCACAUUUAUAUCAUUACUUUGUCCACGGGAAGUUUGUCCAUGAUGCAGUAAAACCCCUGUUUUGUAGCUUUCAGUAAUAGUUAGAUUUAUGCUAAAUAUUUUUUUAGGAGUUACUUUCUCAGAAUGGAAACCUAAGGAUGGCGAGUGCAAAAAGUGUGACGGAGGAGGUGGACCAUUUGUGGUUGAAGGUGUAUGUAAGAAGAAAGAACACAGCUGUCGGGGACAUAAGUACAAGUCUAAAGACUCAAAGGAUUGUGUGACGUAUUGCCCCUCAGCCUCAAGUCUGGGUAGGAAAGGAUAAUUCUCUAUAAAAAUUCAUCGGAUCUCUAACUGCAUCAAGAAAAGCAUCACUUAAAAACUCUUAAUGUUCUGCAUUAACCACCAUUACUUCGAUUACAUCUUUGUAAAAUUGAAUGGCGUGGCUCCCUCAGUGCAAUUCGAUUUCUGUAGUAUGAUUCCUAAGGAACUGACUGACACUGGAAAUAUAGUUCUUUUUUAUGUUUGAUCAGCCCAUCGUACAGAACCAAAUAACUACGCAUCUAUAUGCAGCACUAACAAUAAGAUACUACUUACAAUACUAAUCAUAACCAUUACGUUUUCCUCAAAUGUGAUUAGUGCAUUAGCUGCUUUAUUCUUCACUAAUCAUUCUGUUCAGCUGUAAUCGGACAGUUGGCUGUAAUCGGACACCUGUGAUCAGUAGCCAAUCAUACUCAGUCCACCGAACAAAAUCCACCAAUAACAGAAUUGAUCACAAUAACCAUAGCAGCAACCAUUCAUCCUGAAAAAAACUGGGGAAUUUAAAAAAUGGAGGAAUUUUUUACUUUAGACACUCUCUAUACCGGAGUUGUUUGUCCAAAAUGCAUGUCUUUUCUUUGGGAAAUUGUACCAAUUAUGAUUAAUUGGUAACAGGAAUUCUUGUAGUCCAAUUCUGUCAGUAAUCGUGCUAGUGAUUGACAAAUCGGACUCCCGCUUCGCGGUCGCCCGAUUUUGUUAAUCACUCGCAUGAUUACAGACAGAACUGGACUACACUUGGUCCUAUUACCAUUAUUUAUUGAAUGUUACGUUAGUUACACCAGCAACUUUUUUAUUUCUUUUUUAUAACACUUUAUUAACUAAAGUAGGCAACAAAACUUUAAAAAAAUUACUAAAUCUUUUGUUUUCAUUCCUGCCCAUAGCAAAACUAUGUGACAGUGCAGCAAAUAUAUAUUGUAAUAAAAGAGGUAUCGUCAUUGCUAUCAUUUAUUUGUUUAUAUAUUUACUAAUUUAUUUCUUUAUUCAUUCAUUUUCAGUGGUCGCUGCGGUUUCCAACCUUAUUCUGGCCAUGUGGAUCUCUAUUUCUUACAAGUAAUGAUAAGUUUUUCAUAAUUAAAUUCAUGCCCAUAGACAUCUAGGGGGAAUCGUAUGAGACGUAUUGUAUUUCGCCUAAACUAAUUUUAAUUUUCUGUUUGUUUUACAGCUUUUAGCACGUGCUGAGAGGUCUUGAAGUAUGGAUCCAAUAAAAAAAAAAACUCGAAGUUUAAAGUCCAGUAGUAUUUUUCUUUGUUUUUAUGCGUGGAAUACUUUUGUCUAGACUGUUCGAGUAUAUAUCGAAUAUAUAAUACUUAGCAAAGUGUGCACUUUUACUGCUAUAGAAAAAGAUAGCUAUUCUCGGGUGUUUUAGGCAAUACUGCACUCCUGUCUUUCAAUUCAUUGCUUUUUUCACUACUCGUAAGAUAAUAGCCCGUGGAAUGUAUAAGAUGUUCUUUCCUUGAGCUAUUCUUUUCCUUUUUUGGGAGAAUUAUUUUAAACCUUGAAAAGAUAAUUGUAGGUUAGCAAUGGUUUGUCAUUUUGUCAUUAAAAGUCUUUUAAGACAAAUUCAGUGUCAAGUUCUCACAGUUUCUACCUAAAGAAGGUAGACCUUCGAGAAAUUCUAAUUUAUUUUGUUUCCAUUCGAAUGUUUUUUAUCCAAUAUAAGAUCCGAUAAAGAUAUCUCUGCGACAAGCGGGCAAGGAAAUUAUCAUCGUUAACACUUCGUUGAGCAUUGUGGUGCAUUGUGUUUUACAGGCUAAAGUUGAGCUUUUGACAGGCUAAAGGAUAUUUUAGCUCGUGCGCUCGCUUUAUUUGUCCAAAGUUGUCGUCAUUUUUCAUUUUUGGCUUUCAAAGUGAUAAUGAUAAUAACAAUACAGUUUAUUUCAUUGGGCAUAAAUAUGUUUGGGCCCUUCUCACAGCCCAUUCAUCAAGCGCAAAGUGUUUCCCGCGCGAAGGAGAUGCUUGAAGCUUUUAACCCCCCUCUGGUCUACAGAUGGAAAAGAUUCCUUAUGCAGUUCUUAGUUCCGUUUAAUCGUCGCUAGUCUGAAGGGGCACAAGGAGUCUUUUACUUCAAUCCCUUGGCCCUGACUUUUUAUCACGGUCAAUAUUCACGGGUAGGGGGAGGAGCGAAUAAUUCAAUUUCAGGGAAACAAUUUCAGGCCCCUUUUCCACGAGGAUGGUAGAAAACAUGCCAGAUUUCAAUCAGCACCGACACGCUACAAAACCUUAUUCUAGGUGAAAGGGCCUUUAAACGUUUCCAAAAGUUUUUCGGUUAAGGACGGAGUCUUCCCCGUUUCCUGCUUUAAAUUCACGCCACAUGUAUUUAUUUGGCAACAUGUCACUCACGUUAUGACCUAAGAGUUACAGAGUUGCUAUGUAAUGAAACAAAAAAAUGAAUGUUUAUGAUAGAGUUAAUGAAAAAACAAUAAUAAAAAAAAAAUAUAUAUAUAUAUAUAUAUUAUAUAAGAAUUCUUUAGGACCAUGUCGAUAAGCGAACGGCAAACAACAAAAUGUCAAGUUUGCUCUCUGGCUUUCGUACAAUAAAAAUCUGAAUACGUUUAUCGUCGGUUUUUGUUGCAGGCAUCCUAAUUUCGAUAUCGCAAAUAAAUUUCCCGUUUUUGUUUUCAGAGAAAGUGGAUCUGAUUUUUUUCAACCCAUGAUGGCUUUCAUAGCGACUGAUGAGCAAUGUUAGUUGCAUCUUUUUGGUCGUAGCUAGGAACGGUCACUUAUCAUUCACAAUAGCGUGUCAUUUCAAGCUUCUGUUGUCCUCAAAUUCUGUGGUUACCAAAUGUCCUCGACGAAAACUGAUUGAUUGCAUUACACAAAAAAUUUUUUUAGCCCUAUUCAUUAAAUUGAACCAGUUUACUUUGGCAUUUAUGAUUUGUUAGAAGAGAGUCGUUGUGGACUCGUUUCGGGUUUGACCGUCUCGAGUCUGAAGGGGCACAAGAAGUCUUUUACUUUGGUCCCUACGCCCUGACUGUUUUCCACGGUCAGUUCAAGUAGCCUAGAACACGGGUCCUUCAAACAGAUUUUCUGACACUUAUCACAGUGCACCGUGACCCUUGUGAUGUUUCACGAGACUAAAACAGUCAAUGUUUCAUCCGCCUAAGACUCUUUGUCAACUCCCUGUGGCGACGAUAGCAGUCAGUGUUUCAACCGCUUAAGAUUCCUUUGUCUAAUCCCUGUGGCGACGGUAACAGUUAAUGUUUCACCGCUUAAGACUCUUUAUCUACUCCCUGUGGCGCCGGUAACAGUUAAUGUUUCACCGCUUAAGACUCUUUAUCUACCCUGUGGCGCCGGUAACAGUUAAUGUUUUUAUCUACUCCCUGUGGCGACGAUAAGACUCGACGGGACGAGAGACGAGAGACUCUUGAAAAAUUCAGCACGGGAUGUGUGGUUCGCUUCAUAAAAUCUUAGGCCUAUUGCAGACUUAGGGUACGUUCUUUGGGAGAAUCCGUAUCAGGAUUUCUGAUUUUCGUGCAAAUCCAUUUUCAUAUCAGUGAUCUAUCAAAUCCACUCUGGACAGGGAUUCAUCGGAUCACUGAUCUGCGUGAUGUAAAGACAGAUCAUUGGAUCACUGAUCUGACGCGUUCCUUCAGGCGAAGGAUCCGAAACUAAUCAUUUUGCCCAGCGGUGCUCAAUUUUAAACAAGCGGCAGAUACUUCAUAUAUUAACCGGAAAGAUUGUUGGCAAUCACUCCACAAAUUCUACGAUAAACACGAAAUAAAAUCGAUUUUGUAAUGUUUAAUCGAUCGGCCUCUGAUCGCAGGUAUUCAGGGUUCCCUAGUAGCCAUAUCGUAAUCAAUACUUGCUUCUGUUUUAAUUCCAUCGUUUGAGUUUACCAUGAAAAAUGUGCUUCUAAUGAAUGGUGCGCGCUAAAGGAAUGCACCCUUAAUCUCACAUCAUUUUCCAUACUCUAUAACCGACUUGGAUAACAUCAACAACGUACGUGUGACUUCUGUUAACCGUAUAUGCCAACAGAUAAUGGUCAAUUUCAGAUUCCUUUCUACUAAGAUGGUAGAAAACUUGCCACAGUUUAAUCAGCACCGAUACACUAAAACCCUUAUUCAAGGUGAAAGGGUCGUUAACCAAAGUUUUUCGGUUAAGUAUUGUGUCCUCCCCGGUUCCUGCUUUAAAUUCACACCACAUGUUUGGAAAAGGAACAUUUAAUUUAUGGAUUGGGCUUAUAUAACGUUACGUAAUCUUUUUCUAUUUAUUUCGUCGUAUUGUAGGUUUUUGUUAUUACGUAACGUCUUUUGUUUGUAAGAUAAUUUGUAGGUUUGUUUUCGUUUAGUUUGCUAUAUAAUUAUAAAAAAAAACAUUAUGUUGUGUGUAAUUCGUUCAGGUUUAUUCCAGGUCGAGUUCGAAUUUAUUCGAGAUCGUCCAAGAUUAGUUUGUUGGAGAUCGGUCAUUUAGUGCUCAAUCUAAAUUUGUUAUUCGUACUUAGUUCGAGUUAAUGAUAAAUGUUCAACUAGUGAACAUGUAUUUGGCGACAUGUCACUCACGUUAUGAUCUAAGAGUGUUUAUGAAUGUUUACGAAAGAGUUAGAUGAGAUCUAUUGACUUGACUCGUAUAUAUAUAUAUAUAUAUACAUAUAUAUAUAUACAUAUAUAUAUAUACAUAUAUAUAUACAUAUAUACAUAUGUAGAUAGAUAGAUAUUUACUUUACAUUUGCUUUUGGUUUUGAGUCAACGGUUGGUAAAAUAUCACUCGGUAUUAAACGUAUUUCGAUCGUCGUAUUGUCAUGAGGCAGGCACGUAUGCAGCAGCUGGCGUGCAUCCCAAAACAUUCCUAUAUCCUUUUACAGGAAAAAUUGAGAAAAAAGCAAAAGGAGCGAUGAGAGCAGAGCUAAGAAAAUUUCGCAGUAUAUUUAACGUGAAAUGACUCAAAGAGGAGUGAGACCCGCUUGAGAAAAGUUGCGAUACAUAAUUGUGGAAUGAGAUAAACAAUCUACUAAAGCAACACUGUUUUGUCACGUUACCCAAAAGAAGGUCAAUCACUAUGGCAAAUUCUUCAUAUCUUACAGUUUCUGAAAACACUUUUCACUUGGAGCUCAACCUGUAUGUAGUUCGACAAGAUAAUAUAAAUGUGCAUAAACUGUUUGUACUCUUUUGAUUUAGAAUAUCCUCUCCAAAUAAAAAGACAAAAAAAUGCACAAUUUGUUUUCUUAAUUAAGUUUAUUAGUCGUGUCAAGAAUUCGUUACAGGAUUAAAUUAGUUGAAGUCUUCUUUUUGUGUUAGCAACCUCAGCACAAGAAGAUUGUCUAGCAGACGGAAAGCCAACCGUACAAUCAUGUAAGUGAACUUAGCAAUUCUCUAUAAACGCAUUUUUCCCUCACCCUUUUCAAAUUUUGCUCAUAUCACAUUCAAUGUAAGUGUUACGGGAGUUUUUAGAUAUCAUAUUUUUAACCUUCAAAGGUACUCCCUCACCAUUUUAGCUGUCCUAUUUAAUAACCAAUGACAAAACCAAAAAUCUUUCAGCGUUGACGCAAGUUAAAGGGAAAUAUUUAAUGUUUUUUAGUGGGUGCCGGUGAUAGUUAAAGAAUCAUUUCUUUUUUAGCACAAUUACGAGUAAAUUCUCAACUACCUUCUCGUAGAAAAUUAGAAAAAAAGAAGAGGAACAAACAAAUAAGCAGCACUAACAAUAAGAUACUACUUACAAUACUAAUCAUAACCAUUACGUUUUCCUCAAAUGUGAUUAGUGCAUUAGCUGCUUUAUUCUUCACUAAUCAUUCUGUUCAGCUGUAAUCGGACAGUUGGCUGUAAUCGGACACCUGUGAUCAGUAGCCAAUCAUACUCAGUCCACCGAACAAAAUCCACCAAUAACAGAAUUGAUCACAAUAACCAUAGCAGCAACCAUUCAUCCUGAAAAAAACUGGGGAAUUUAAAAAAUGGAGGAAUUUUUUACUUUAGACACUCUCUAUACCGGAGUUGUUUGUCCAAAAUGCAUGUCUUUUCUUUGGGAAAUUGUACCAAUUAUGAUUAAUUGGUAACAGGAAUUCUUGUAGUCCAAUUCUGUCAGUAAUCGUGCUAGUGAUUGACAAAUCGGACUCCCGCUUCGCGGUCGCCCGAUUUUGUUAAUCACUCGCAUGAUUACAGACAGAACUGGACUACACUUGGUCCUAUUACCAUUAUUUAUUGAAUGUUACGUUAGUUACACCAGCAACUUUUUUAUUUCUUUUUUAUAACACUUUAUUAACUAAAGUAGGCAACAAAACUUAGAAAAAAAUUACUAAAUCUUUUGUUUUCAUUCCUGCCCAUAGCAAAACUAUGUGACAGUGCAGCAAAUAUAUAUUGUAAUAAAAGAGGUAUCGUCAUUGCUAUCAUUUAUUUGUUUAUAUAUUUACUAAUUUAUUUCUUUAUUCAUUCAUUUUCAGUGGUCGCUGCGGUUUCCAACCUUAUUCUGGCCAUGUGGAUCUCUAUUUCUUACAAGUAAUGAUAAGUUUUUCAUAAUUAAAUUCAUGCCCAUAGACAUCUAGGGGGAAUCGUAUGAGACGUAUUGUAUUUCGCCUAAACUAAUUUUAAUUUUCUGUUUGUUUUUACAGCUUUUAGCACGUGCUGAGAGGUCU